GGUGGUGACGAUGAUGAUGAUGAUGAUGAUCAGUGUACGGCAGUGAAACGCUCUCAAAGUGGGAUUAUUUUUUUUAGGGAAAAGCGCAUUCACUGACGAUGAGUGACGGGAUUAAAAACACCUGCACUGGGAUUAAACGUCAAGGAGGAGGAGGAGGAAACCAUAGCAACAGACGUGUCCAGUGUUUGUGUCCCAAAGAUGUCCCCCUGUUUUAUGGAGUGUGAAGUGAAGGAGGAGGCAGCAGGUGACGACGGCGGCACCAUGGAUAUCACCAUGGCAGACCAGCUGCUGAAAAACAACUCCAUGUGCACACGACAAUAACAGAGAGCCAUGUAGGCGACGUCUCCUGGGCUGAAAUCCAGUCAAAAUCGCUGCCAUGGCGUUCUGUAACGAAAGCCUGCUGGAGAACUGUGACUUCAUGGAGCCGGAGGAGAGUCUGCCGCCAGAAGCCGCGACCCCUCUGAUAUCGGUCACCCUGCGCGUGACACUGGCGGCCAUUAUGAUCUUCAUGAUCACCAUCGGUUUCCUCGGCAACGCCAUCGUGUGUCUGAUCGUCUACCAGAAACCCGCCAUGCGCUCUGCCAUCAAUCUCCUCCUCGCCACGUUGGCCUUUUCAGACAUUAUGCUGUCCCUGCUCUGCAUGCCCUUCACCGCCGUCACCGUCGCCACCGCCGACUGGAGCUUCGGCAGCGGCUUCUGCCGAGCCUCCAUCAUGCUGUACUGGCUCUUUGUCCUGGAGGGCGUGUCCAUCCUCCUCAUCAUCAGCGUGGACCGCUUCCUCAUCAUCGUGCAGCGGCAGGACAAGCUGACGCCGCACAGAGCCAAGCUGCUCAUCGCCGGGUCGUGGGUGUUGAGUCUGUGCGUGUCGCUGCCGUCUGUGGUCGGGUGGAGGGCCGGCGCGGCGGGCAUCGGUGGCGCCUGGGCGCCGCAGUGCGUGCUGGGAUACAGCGAGUCCGUGGCAGACCGUGGGUACACGGUGCUGUUGGCAGUGGCCGUUUUCUUCGUGCCGUUCACUGUCAUGCUUUACUCUUACAUGUGCAUCCUGAACACGGUGCGCCACAACACCCUGCGCAUCCACAACCACACCAACGAGCACUCGUGUCUGCCGGCCCUCAACCAAGUCAGCAAAAUGAGACUCACCGGGCUGCAGCGGCCCCCUCAGGUCAAAGUGGACAUGAGCUUCAAGACCCGGGCCUUCACGACCAUCCUCAUCCUCUUUGUGGGCUUCUCGGUGUGCUGGCUGCCUCACACCGUGGUCAGCCUGCUGGCCGUGUUCAGCCGGCGCUUCUACUACAGCUCCAUCUUCUACCCGGUCAGCAUCGGCGCCCUGUGGCUCAGCUACCUGAAGACGGUGUUCAACCCCGUCAUCUACUGCUGGAGGAUCAGGAAGUUCAGGGAGGCCUGUCAGGAGUUCAUCCCCAAACGCUGGAGGCUGUGUCCCAGAGUGCCGGGCCGGAACCAGAGGAGAGUGAGGCCGAGCAACAUUUACGUGUGCAGCGAGACGCAGUCAGCUGUGUGA